AUGGUAUUGAUUUUGAUCCAAAUGCAUGUUUUAACAUUUGUAGGCGUUAGCAUAGGCCUCUCAGUAUUGCUCGUGGGAGGGUUUUUGAUAUACUGGGGACGGAAAAGAAGAAAUCUCAUCAAGCUCAAGGAGAAAUUAUUCCAACAAAAUGGUGGCUUAAUAUUACAACAACAACUCUCAAAUCACAGAGGCUCUAUAGAGCCAACAAAAAUCUUUAGCAUAGAAGAGCUUAAAAGGGCCACUAACAACUACGAUGAGAGUAGGAUUCUUGGCCAAGGUGGUAACGGAAUUGUUUAUAAAGGAGUAUUACCAGGUAACAGAGUAGUUGCCAUUAAGAAGUCUAAAGGGUUUGAUCAUAACCAAGCUAAGCAAUUCAUAAACGAGGUGUUUUUACUUACCCAAAUCAACCAUAGGAAUGUGGUUAAGCUAUUAGGAUGUUGCCUUGAAACAGAAGUACCCUUAUUAGUUUAUGAAUUCAUUGGAAAUGUGACACUUUUUUACCACAUUCAUGAUAAAAGUCCCUCGUCCUCACUUACAUGGGAAAAUCGUUUGAAGAUAGCAGGAGAAACUGCAGGUGCACUUGCAUACUUACACUCUGAAGCUUCUAUGCCAAUUAUUCAUAGAGAUGUAAAAACUGCAAAUAUACUUCUAGAUGAUAACCUCAUUGCAAAAGUGGCUGACUUCGGAGCUUCAAGGCAAAUUUCUCUUGAUCAAACAAAGGUAACCACUUUAGUGCAGGGAACUUUUGGGUACUUGGACCCAGAGUAUUUCCAUACUGGCCAACUAACAGAGAAAAGUGAUGUCUACAGCUUUGGUGUUGUUUUGGCAGAGCUAUUGACAAGUAGGAAGGUAAUUUUUUCCGAUGAGACAGGAAGUGAUAGAAAUCUUUCUAUGUCAUUUGUUUCUACAGUGAAAGAGGAUCGCCUAUUGCAAAUUCUUGACGAUCACAUUAUAAACGAGGACAAUAUUGAGGACCUAAAGGAAGUGGCUAAUCUUGUAAAGAGGUGCUUAAGUGUAAGAGGAGAGGAUAGACCCUCUAUGAAGGAAGUGGCAAUGGAGCUGGAGGGUUUGAGAAUUAUGAAAAAACGUCAAUGGGAAAAGGCCGAUCUCUAUGUAGAAGAGACUGAGAACUUGCUCACUGAACCUGAACACUAUUUUAGCAUUGAUGUUGGCACAGGUUGUUCUUCUACCGACACAACUACUGGGUACGAUAGCAUAAGAAACCAUCCAUUGCAACAACCAGAUGACGGCAGAUAG